CAGGAGAAGCUCUAUCCUUACCUAAUGCUCUCUAUCAUCUAUCAGGAGACGCUCUGCUCCGGUCCCCCGCUCUUUAUUGUCAGGCAGGAGACGCUCUGUCUCGCUCUGCUGGUCCAGACUCCAGAGUCCAGUGGGUGACGUCAGAGAGCAAGAUGUCUGAGGAGAAUAUUUUCCUGUUUGUGCCCAACUUGAUCGGCUAUGCCCGGAUACUCUUCGCCUUCGUGGCGUUUUACUUCAUGCCCAGCUCCCCCAUGGUGGCCUCCUCCUUCUACCUGCUCAGCGGCCUCCUGGACGCCUUCGAUGGCCACGCGGCUCGGGCUCUGAACCAAGGAACCAAGUUUGGAGCCAUGCUGGACAUGCUGACCGAUCGCUGUGCGACAAUGUGUCUCCUGGUCAACCUGUCCCUCCUCUACCCAUCGUACACGCUGCUAUUCCAGCUCAGCAUGAGCCUAGACAUCGCCAGCCACUGGCUGCACCUGCACAGCUCAAUCCUGAAAGGCAGCGACAGCCACAAAACCAUUGACCUGUCCGGUAAUCCUAUGCUGCGGCUGUAUUAUACCUCGCGGCCCGUCCUGUUCCUGAUGUGCGCUGGGAAUGAACUCUUCUACUGCAUGUUAUACCUUCUGCACUUCUCCGAGGGGCCAGCAGUCACGCUGGGCCCCUUGGGAGUCAUUGGGCUUUUCCGCCUCCUCCUCUGGCUCUGCUGUCCGGUCUCGCUGCUUAAAUCUCUCAUCAGCCUCCUCCACCUGGUCACUGCCUCCUGCAAUAUGGCUGCCUUGGACUGCGCGGAGCGCUCCAAGAAGAAAUGAUCCAUUCAGGGAAGUUUACAGAGAAACAUUUGAUAAUACUGACAUAAUUUAUUACCUAGAUAUAUAUAUUGUAUCUUAUACUGUAUCCUGCAAUCACCCCAAGAGCACUCGCUGUGGCUGCUAUCUCGCGGCCAGAGCCCGUACUGUAUUACUCUCCCCUCUUGAAGUGUUAAAGUCGUAUUUAUCACCACCUAGUGGUUGCAUCAGGUAUUUCCUGAAUGGUGCAGUCACAAAACCAGUAUAUUAAUGCAUUGGAGAUGAUGACAGUCUUCUUAUGGGGUUGACGCAAUGAAUUGCUGCAUUUGGAAUGUGUUGAUCGCUUAUCCGAACACUAAAAUGUUUAAAAAUAAUUUUGGGGAUCCAUUUUUUUUGUUUGUUUGUUUUUUUAGAAAGAUGCACUUAUGUUUUUUUAAAGUGAAAUUGUUUUUAAUUUUCAGAUGAUGUGUCGUGUACCUAUAUCAUUUAGGGAUCAGCCUCUUCUGUUUCUUUUCUUUAUUCUAUUUACAUUUUUUUUUUCUUUUUUAUGUGGUUAUUACGCCAUAGAUUAUAAAUCCCGGUAGACCUUCGGCACAGUGAAUUUUUUCUGGCUCCUUCCGGCUUAGGCCCACAUGGCUGGUAUUAAGUGUAGACCGUUUACACAGGAAGCCGUGAGCGCAUUGGUUAUAGAUAAAGGAGACUGGCGGCCGGUCUGCCAUCAAUUCCUGCUGCCGCCGCCAUAUUGGCAGGAGGUGUCGCUGCAUAAAGUCGUUUUUUGCAAGGGGACUCAAAUGAUAAAGCAGCACAAUAUAGUCUGUGGGGUCUGUAGCUAUGUGACGGUCUUCAGGGCCUCAUUCCUACACUGCGUUACGUAGCUACCUCUCCAUCGGGGUCUGUAGCAGCUGCAGGUUUUAUUUUAUUCUGCUAAUUAUUGGACCAGAUGUGUAAAUUGAGGGAUUUACAUGAACCAAUCACAGCUCCGGCAUCUAUUACAGACGUACACACACAGAGAAAUAUACGAUGCGCUCCCAGAGAUGGAUAUAUCCUAUACUGUAGUGAAGUAAAAACAAAUAGGUGUCUGUGUGUGUAGGCGUGUAGGGGAUAACGCACCAGGUGUAUGGUAUAGAAUACUUCUGUUACAGCUAGUAGCAGAGUAUCUUGUUCGUUUCCACCUGCAGAGCGUUGCACAUCUAUCUCUGUGUACCAUUCCUCCUGUAACUGUACAUUGUAAUAAAGGUUUCUAAUUGCCA